GCGCGGGGAGGGGCAGAGGCGGCUCCGGGGCGCUGCGGAGGUCCCACUUGGGCAGGCUACCCGCCUUCGCCUCCUGGCCGCGGAGCCUCGACCCCAUGGACACCCUGUGCGGCUCCAAGUUCUGGGACGCCAAUCUGUCCGUGUACAGCGACGACCCGGACCUCACUCCCUGUUUCCAGAACUCCCUGCUGGCCUGGGUCCCCUGCAUCUACCUGGGGGCCGCCCUGCCCUGCUACCUCUUCCAUCUGCGGCACCAUCACCGAGGCUCCGUUAUCCUCUCCCACCUCUCCAGGCUCAAGACGGCCUUGGGCGUCCUGCUGUGGUGCACCUCCUGGGCUGACCUCUUCUACGCCUUCCAUGGCCUGGUCCACGGCUGGGCCCCCGCCCCCAUCUUCUUUGUCACCCCGUUGCUGAUGGGGGUCACCGUGCGGCUGGCCACUCUGCUAAUCCAGCAUGAGCAGCUGCAGGGGGUACAGUCCCCAGGAGUCCUCAUCAUCUUCUGGUUCCUGUGCGUGGUGUGUGCCAUUGUCCCCUUCCGCUCCAAGAUCCUGUCAGCCGUGGCAAAGGGCAAGACCUCAGACCCCUUCCGCUUCGCCACCUUCUACAUCUACUUCGCCCUGGUCUGCUCCAGGGAGCAGCCGCCAUUUUUCUCCCCAAAGAAUGUCGACCCUAACCCCUCCCCAGAGGUCAGCGCUGGCUUCUUCUCCCGCCUGUCUUUCUGGUGGUUCACGAAGAUGGCCAUCCUUGGCUACCGGCGCCCCCUGGAGGAGCAGGACCUCUGGUCCCUGACCGAGGAGGACUGCUCGCAGGGUGUGGACAGGCUGACAGAGGCUUGGAAGAAGCAGCAGAAGCAGGCAGCGCGACACAGGGCCGCGGUGGCAUCUGGGAAGAGUGUGUCCGGUGAGGAUGUGGUGCUGCUCGGGGGCCGGCCCAGGCCCCGGGAGCCAUCCUUCCCGCGGGCCGUGCUGGCCACCUGUGGUUCCGGCAUCUUCACGAGCAUCUGCUUCAAGUUGACCCAGGACCUGCUCUCCUUCGUCAAUCCGCAGCUGCUCAGCAUCCUGAUCAGGUUUAUUUCAAACCCCGUGGCCCCCACCUGGUGGGGUUUCCCGGUGGCCGGGCUGAUGUUUGCGUGCUCUGUGACUCUGCUCUCACAACAGUGUCUCCACUGUAUCUAUGUGAUGGUGUUGAGGCUUCGUUCGGCGAUCACAGGUGUCAUCUAUAGGAAGGUCCGCUGGAACAGGGUGCCGGGGGGCCUGGGUGUGAGUCUGACUCUCCUUGGCUGGCCGGCUGUAGUCGCCUUCCUGUGCCUCUGUCCGUCUGUGGGGGUCUGUGCACAUUCUUUAGGUAUUUGUCUUAUCGAUCCACCCAUGCCUCCUCAGAACCUGGGUCCUUCCAUCUUGGCUGGGGUGGCUUUAAUCGUCUUGCUGGUCCCACUCAACGGAGCUGUGGCCGUGAAGAUGCGUGCCUUACAGGUAGGUCAAAUGAAGUUCAAGGACUCGCGCACCAAACUGAUGAGUGAGAUCCUGGGUGGCUUCAAGGUGCUGAAGCUGUAUGCCUGGGAACCCGUUUUCUUGGGGAAGGUGGAGGGCAUCCGGGAGGACGAGCUCCGGAUACUACGCCAGUCUGCCUACCUCCAAGCCAUAUCCACGUUCACCUGGGUCUGCACCCCCUUCCUGGUGACCCUGAUUGCCCUUGGGGUCUAUGUGUCCGUGGACCAGAACAACGUGCCUGAUGCCGAGAAGGCCUUUGUGUCUGUGUCCCUGUUCAAUAUUUUAAAGACCCCCCAGAACCUGCUGCCCCAGAUAAUCAGCGGCCUGGUCCAGAUCAGUUUGUCUCUGAAACGGAUCCAGCAUUUCCUGAGCCAAGAUGAACUUGACCCCCACUGUGUGGAAAGAAAGACCAUCACCCCAGGUGAGAGGUUGGGGAAGGAAAUCCCAAUCCCUACCUCUGACUGGGUUCCUGGACUCCUUGCCCUCAGUCUAGACAUCCAGGUGCCGAAAGGGGCACUGGCGGCUGUGGUGGGGCCUGUGGGCUGUGGGAAGUCCUCCCUGGUGUCUGCCCUGCUGGGAGAGAUGGAGAAACUGGAAGGCACGGUGUGUGAGAAGGGCUCUGUGGCCUACGUGCCCCAGCAGGCACGGAUCCAGAAUUGCACUCUUCAGGAAGACAUACUGUUUGGCCACGCCCUGGACCCCAAGCGGUACCAACAGGCUCUGGAAGCCUGUGCCUUGCUAGCUGACCUGGAGAUGCUGCCUGCCGGGGACCAGAUGGAGAUUGGAGAGAAGGGCAUUCACCUGUCUGGGGGCCAGCGACGGCGGGUGAGUCUGGCCUGAGCUGUUUACAGGGAAGCUGACCUUUUUAUGUUGGAUGACCCACUGUCAGCUGUGGACUCCCAUGUGGCCAAGCAUCUCUUUGACCAAGUCAUAGGGCCCGAAGGCGUGCUGGCAGGCAACACACGGGUGCUGGUGACACACAGCAUCAACUUCCUGCCCCAGAUGGACUUCAUCACAGUGCUGGCUGACGGGCAGGUGUCUGAGGCGGGCCCCUACCCAGCCCUGCUGCAGCACAGCGGCUCCUUUGCCAACUUCCUCUGCAACUACGCACCUGACAAGCCCGAGAAGAACCUGAAGGAAGGCAGCAGGACCGCCUUGGAGGACACAGACGAGGAGGAGGUGCUGCUGAUUGAGGACACGCUGAGCAAUCACACAGGCCUGACGGAUAACGAGCCAGUCAUGUAUGAGGUCCAGAGGCAGUUUAUGAGACAGCUGAGUGUCAUGUCCUCGGAAGGCAAGGGCCAGGGCCGGCCUGUGCCCCAGAGACGCCCAGGUUCAACAGAGAAGGUAGCGCAGGCAGCAGAGGUGAAGGCGAGCGGGGCACUGAUCCAGGAGGAGAAGGUGGAGAUAGGGCAGGUGAAGCUGAGUGUGUUCUGGGAUUAUGCCAAGGGCAUGGGGCUCUAUACCAUAGUGGCCAUCUGUCUUCUGUACCUGGGUCAUAGUGCGGCUGCCAUUGGGGCCAGCGUGUGGCUCAGUGCCUGGAGCGAUGAGGCUAUGGUGGAUGGCCGACAGAAUAACACCUCCGUGAGGCUGGGUGUCUGUGCUGCCUUGGGAGUUCUGCAAGGGCUCCUGGUGAUGGUAUCAGCCAUCACGCUGAUGGUGGGGAGUGUCCACGCUGCACGCUCGCUUCACCAGGUGCUGCUGCACAACAGGAUGCGCUCGCCACAGUCCUUCUUCCAGACGCCCUCAGGCCGGAUCCUCCUCAACCGGUUCUCUAAGGACAUCUACGUCAUCGAUGAGGUUCUGGCCCCCACCAUCCUCAUGCCGCUGAAUUCCUUCCACAACUCCAUCUCCGCCUUCGUGGUCAUCAUAGCCAGCACGCCGCUCUUCACCGUGGUCACCCUGCCUCUGGCUGUCCUGUACCUCACGGUGCAGCGCUUCUAUGUGGCUACGUCACGGCACCUGAAGAGGCUGGACUCCGUCAGCCGCUCGCCCAUAUACUCCCACUUUUCAGAGACGGUGACUGGCACCAGCGUCGUUCGGGCCUAUGGCUGCAGCCAGGACUUCAAGGCCAUCAGUGAUGCUAAGGCGGACACCAACAUGAGGAGCUCCUACCCCUACGUUGCCUCCAACAGGUGGCGGGUCCACGUGGAGUCCGUGGGGAACUGUGUUGUGUUCUUUGCUGCACUCUCUGCUGUGAUUGGCAGAAACAGCCCGAGUCCGGGGCUGGUGGGCCUUUCUGUGUCCUACGCCCUACAGAUAACAAUUAGUCUGACGUGGAUGAUCCAAAUGAUAUCAGACUUGGAGUCUGAUAUCGUGGCCGUGGAGAGAGUCAAGGAGUACUCCAAGACAGAGAUUGAGGCCCCCUGGGUGGUGGAGGGCGGCUGUCCUCCCGCGGGCUGGUCCCUGCGGGGCGAAGUGGAGUUCUGGAACUUCUCUGUGCGCUACCGGCCGGGCCUGGAGCUGGUGCUGAGGAGCCUGAGUCUGUGCGUGCACAGUGGUGAGAAGGCGGGGAUCGUGGGCCGCACCGGGGCCGGCAAAUCGUCCAUGACCCUCUGCCUGUUCCGCAUCCUGGAGGCCACGGAAGGUGAAAUCCGCAUCGACGGCCUCAACGUGGCAGAUAUGGGACUCCACGACCUGCGUCCUCAGCUGACCGUCAUCCCCCAGGACCCCUUCCUGUUCUCCGCGUCCCUACGUAUGAACCUGGACCCCUUUGGGUAUUACUCAGAGGCAGAUCUAUGGCGAGCCUUGGAGCUUUCCCACCUGCACACCUUUGUGGGCUCGCAGCCGGAGGGCCUGGACUUCCAGUGCUCCGAGGGAGGGGAGAAUCUCAGCGUGGGCCAGCGCCAGCUCGUGUGCCUGGCCCGAGCCGGGCUCCACAGGAGCCACAUCCUGGUUUUAGACGAGGCCACGGCUGCCAUGGACCUGGAGACUGACGACCUCAUCCGGGCUACCGUCCGCACCCAGUUUGAGAACUGCACGGUGCUGACCAUUCCACACUGGCUCGACACCAUCAUAGACUGCACCAGGGUCCUUGUCCUGGACAGAGGGACAGUAGCUGAAUUCGAUUCUCCAGCCAACGUCAUCGCAGCCAGAGGCAUCUUCUACGGGAUGGCCAGAGACGCUGGACUUGUCUAAAACAUAUUCCUGGGACUUGCUCCUGGCCAUUGCUGGCUUUCAUCAGGAGAGAAAAAGACACCAAGCACGUCUGCAGGAUGGACUUGAUGGCAAACACUGGAGGCAUUUGCUAGAUUCUUGCCCUGCAAAGUGCCUCACAGAAUAAUUGUGCUAAAUGCUUUAGAUGAGGAAGUGGGGCCCAAGAGGUGAACUCCGGGCCCGAGGCCACAGCUAGUUUGAGGCAGAGCCCAGACUGGUGCCCGGGGUCUCCUGAUUCCCAACCUAGUGUUCUUGCCACGCUGUGCUGUUUUCAGUCAUUUCAUGGAAUGACCUCUCCACUCUGUCUGAUUUUUUUGUAUUUUCUACUCAGAAGGAUUUUUUUUUUUUUUUUUAAAGUAAAGCUUUUUCCUCCUGGAACAGCAGACUGCCGGGUCAGGGUGUCCUUAGGAACUGAGUCCUGUACUCUGGGGUGCUGGCCUGAAUCCAUUAAAAAUGGAGCACUGAUGAAAUAAAGCGACAUGGUCAACAAUACGUAUA